UUAAAAUGUCAUAAAUUGAAGCAGGGCAAAAUAUCAAUUUCUGGCUGGAAAAUGAGAGAAAACGGCGGUCUCUUGAUUUUUCCGUUACCGCCAUUACUCCAUCUCCGGAAUACGAAAUAAUCGAAAACCCAUUCCCUUUCUUCUCUUCCCCUUCCCAAUAAAAAGAAUAACCAAUGUACUAGUAAGACUAGAAACCCUAGAGAAACCCGACUGACCUCGUCAAAUCCAUUCCAAUUCAAAAUUUUUCCAACCCCUCCAAAUCGAAUCCAAGAUGAAGUCAAAGCGGAAAUCAUCUGUCAACGCCAAUAAUCAGCUGUCCCCAAAUGACGCUGCGGCGGCUGGCGAUCAGGGUCAAGCUGGCGGCGGCGUGGCGGGACCGGCAAGAGACGACGAGAUUGCAGCGAAUCGAGAUGGGGAUGACGACAAGCAGGAGAAACCCGAGGACGUAGUAGUAGAAGAUGGAGAAAGAGAAGGCGAAGGCGAAGAGGAAAAUGAUGACGAGGAAGAAGAAGAAGCAGCUGCUGGAGAAGAAGCGGGGGCGGAGGAUGAGGAGCAGGGUGGAGGUCAAGACGAACGGCCGAAGCUCGACGAUGGUUUCUUUGAAAUCGAAGCUAUUCGGCGUAAACGGGUUCGCAAGGGUCAGCUUCAGUAUCUCAUUAAAUGGCGAGGCUGGCCAGAGACAGCCAACACGUGGGAGCCGCUAGAAAAUUUGCAGUCUUGUUCUGAUGUUAUUGAAGCAUUCGAGGAGAGGAUGCAAUCUGGAAAAUCUACUCGGAAAAGGAAACGCAAGUCUGCGGGCUCUAAUUCGCAGGGCAAGAAGAAGCAGUCUCGUGCUUCAUCUGCUAACAAUCUAACAGGUGAUGAUGUUAGUGCAGCUGACAGAAGUCUACCCUCAACUUCUCUGAACACAUCCAGCCUUGCAAGUCUUAGAGCGCACACUCAUGAAGAAGAUAAUGAUGAAAAUGGCACCAAUAGCCAUGUUGCCACUCGAGCAGGCGAGAAUGGGUGCACUAGCCGCCCUAGAAAUGUCUUGGGUGGGAAGGAUGAUACUGAAUAUGAUCCAAAGCUUAGUGAGCUGAGAGGAACAGCACCAUCAAGUGAUGUUAACGGAGACAAGAUUUCUGUACAGUUAAUUGAUUCCAAGGCUCUUGAAGUUGUUGAGAAUGGGUCGUCUCUCAAGGUUGAUUCUGUAGACCCUGUUCAAACCAACCGUCGAAUAGGUGCUAGGAGAAGGAAAUCAGGGUCUGUGAAGAGAUUUGAAAAAGAUCCAGCCUCUUUUGAAGCUCCUCCGGUUGAUAAUCCAGUAUGUAACAUUUCUCUCAGCUGUGAAGGUGAGAUGACUGAAGGAUCCAAAAUCAUCAAGAUUCUCAAGCCGCUCAGCUAUUCAUCUACUUCAUUUGACAACAUUCAGGAUGUGCUGGUUACUUUUGCUGCAAUGAGGUCUGAUGGCAAGGAAGUAUUCGUGGAUAACAAAUUUUUGAAGGCUAAUGAUCCACUGCUGUUGAUCAAUUAUUAUGAGAAGCAUCUCAAGUAUAGUACAUGAAGGGGAAGGAGGGGGAAAUGUGAAGUCAAUCUCAAAUAUAAUAUGCCUUCUGUAUUUAUCAUUUUGUUUAUAAAUCUGUGCCCUCAGGAGAACUAUGCAGGAUAACCAAACCAGCUUUAUUUUACCUAGCUCUAUAAUGUGAAGUGAUAUAUUAACUCUGGUAUCAAUGUCGUUAUCAAGGUCUUUAUCUUUCUAUCUCUUCGUCUGCAUCAUGAAUGAAUUAUUAAGAUGAAGGGAAUAAGGAAUCUAGCCCUAUUUGUCCCUUUUUC